AUGUAUCCUAGAGGGCCUAAUCAGCAUCAAAGGCCAGUCCAGCAGACGCAAAGACCAGUGAUUCAACCUCAAAGAGCACCUAUACAACAGCAAAGAACCCAACUUGCUCCAAGAAAUCAACCCUCAUUAUCCCAAGAAACUCUAGAACAGCAGCGAAGAAAGGUAGCAGAUAAAUUAAUUGCUGAUUGCUAUUCUAAAAGAAUUCUUGAUAGAAGUGGUAAGCCAUGUGUUGAAACCUCAUAUCAAACACAUGUUAGUAUCAAGGAAUACUCGUCAUUUCCUUCACGUCCUCCCCCAGAUAACCUUCCGCCUAGUCAAAUUGGAACCGUCAAAGACCGUGUUUUGGUUCUCUGCAUCAAAUAUUCUGGUAGAGUCUUAAUACAGAAGGGUAAAUAUAAUGAAAAUAAAGACGUAUAUCAAAUCGGUCGUACAUGGGACAUGGACGAAUUAAAAACCAUUACUAAAUGUGGAAAAGAUGGCAUUAUUUUAACGUUGAAUAAAGAUUACUAUUGGAGUGUAGAGGGAGGUGCAGAAAGAGUUUGGAAGUUUGCAAGGUUUUUGACGAAUGCAUACGGUGGAUUUAUGGGUAGAUACCCAACUUUGAAUGGUUUUUCUAUUGAAGAUUUUAAAAUAUCGCCUUCUCCACAGAAAAAACAUUUAGGAAAUUCUUCUCCUAGUAUGGGCGGAAAUGAUAGUGGUAACGAUAUUGUUGUUAAUGAACCACAGCCACAUCCUCAGUUAUUGAAAACCAAAUCUUUGAAAAGAAAGAACUUACCAAAACCAGUUUUACCACCGCAACCUCUUCCUCAACAAAUAUAUCACGAGCACGGAAAACAAAACGAUUUCUAUAAAGAUAUGGAUUUUACUGCAAAUGGAAAGUUACCUUCUAAACCUAUGAAAGUAAUGCAAGUUGAUAGACCUUCAACGUCAUCACUUGACCAGGUGGAUAAUCAGAAUUCAUCGGCAAAUAAAUUGAACCAAUCGAAAGAAUUACAAAAUACAAAUGAAGAAUUUGUUGAUAAUUAUAUCACUUUUGAUGACAAGGAACCGUCGAAUACUCCAUCUACGCCCAAACGUGAAUCUAAACAUCCGUAUCAAGUCAAUUCUCCGCUUAGAAGCUCCGAUACUACUCAGGAUUCACAAAAUUUUGUUUUCCAUGCUGAUAAUACAUAUUCCCCUGAAAAGCUUAGAGAAUAUGUGAAAGCAAAUGAAGAGAAAUCUACUUCGCCAUUGAGAAACUAUAAACCUAGACGAAUCUCCACCGAAGUUGAGCAAAGAAAAGUAUCUGAGCCUUUAGAGUCGGCAGCCGCCUUAGGUAUUAGACUUGAAGAGCAGCUUCAUAAUGUUCCAGAUAAAGAUACUUCUGCGGAUUCUGCUCAUUCCUUCCAAGUUCCCGCUAGAAAUGUUUCGCCUGACUAUAGUAUCGAGGAAGUUGAAAAUGAUAGUGAUGAGGAACAAGAACCCCAACGUAGAGCUUCAGCCUUUGAUAGUAAGCAGGCUCCUGUCAAUCGAGAAGAACCUAUUACUCAGAUUGAUAACAAAUCUGCCAACACUCAUGUAAAUAACACGAUCGAUUCUUCUAUACAAGAUAUUGAAAAUUACAUGGAUUCUCAGCUUUAUUUUGCUCCGGGUGAUGAAUCGGUUGAUAACUCAAGACAAAUCAGUCAAAAUGAGACGCUUGAAAGCAAUAUUAGUCAAAGGGAAAUUAGUGAGGAUGAUAUAAUACCUAGCUUACAACAAGGGAAUGAUCUGGACUUUAGAGGACAUCAAUUAGAAGAUGAAACAAUAUCUACACAAGAAUAUACUGAACAAUCGGAAGUUGGAUUGAAUAUUGAUAAUAAAGGUUCUGAAUUUCAAAGAGAAAAAGAUGCGGAGUUGGAAGAAAUCUUAGAUGAGGUUAAUUGGUCUAUAUCAGAUAACAGUGAUUCCUUGAUUAGAAAGUUGACGAAGGAAUUAAACAAUGUGAAAUUUCGUAAUGUUAAGGAUUUAGUUACAUUGGAUUUUAGCAAAGAUUCAGUUUCUAAUGAUGUAACAACUUCAUUGAGUGAAAUCGAGAAUUUAACACAUAUUUUCAAAAAAAUGGAAAUAGACUUUAAAUUUCUUGGUCCCGAAGUCAACUUGAUUGAAAAUAAUUCUAAAGGUCUUCAAGUGAAGUCUGUUAAUAAGAAAUUAUUAUACAAUGAUUUGAGCAGUAUAUUGAAUAAGGUUAGCAUGCAUUCCGACGAUUUACGAGCUAUCGAAUCAUUUAGGGAAUUUGAUCGCUUAAAUAAAUUAGAGGCUAUAGAAGUUAAAUUGGUUGGCUUAUUUAAUGCCUUAGAAACUAUUAGACUUGAUUAUAAUGAAAACACCGAUAGUUUAAGUUCUAUGAGGGCGUUGAGGCAAUAUCAAUCAAAUUAUGAGCACGUCACAGCUAGCUUUAUUAGACAUUUUAGUCGCUUCAUAAAAGAUCAGUUCGGAUUAUUAUCUCAACAAAUGAUGCAAAAUAUGGAUGAUUUUUAUCCUCAAGCAAUGUUUAGAGAACUUAACAAUCUUUUAAUAUAUUCAGGUUAUACCUACUUCGUUAAGGGUGUCUCUCCAAGCGAUUUUCAAGAUAUAAAUGGGAAUUUCAAUCUUUUGAUGAGCGAUUUCUUGGAGAGAAUGAUUACUCACAAGUUGAAAAAUUUGAAGUUUUCCUCUUCAUCAGUAUCUGCACAUCUAUCUCAAUCUUUAGAUAGUGAUAUGCCUUUAAAGAAAUCUAGAACAUUAAGAUUAUCUACAAGACGAGAAAAGCAUAUUAGCAAAGUCAAUCAAGAAGAAUUACAAGGCUUAAAGCAAAAUAAGAAUUCUAACGAAAUCGAUGAUCCAAAAGCAAUUGUUGACAUAAUAAAUAGCACGAGAGAUGUGAUAUUUGUAUUACAAUAUAUCACUGGUAGACUAUUCCAUUAUGAUAGUAAUAUCAUCGAUUUUAACGAGUAUUGCCAAAACAAGCCUUAUCCAGAAAGGCGUGCAACUCUUGAUAAUCCAUCAUUGGAUAUAGAUGAUGAUAUGAGUUAUUCAAAUGACUCGAUUUCCAACUUGAAUGCCGUGUUCGGUGGAUACAUUAAUAUCUUCAUGAAAAAAGUUACCCCAACAGAAUUAAAUAUACCAUUACUUUUAUGUUAUUUGCAAAAUUUGCUUGAUGAAAAUAAGAAAUCAAAUCAAGAAUUCUUAUGUUUUAAUUUUUUGAAAAAGGCUUCUGACAAGUUUAGACUUAUUUGGUCCAAAUUCAUCAAGUCUCAAUUAAGCCUAUUGAACAAAUCCGCGAUAAUUGCUCAUUGUGGUAUAUUGCCAGCAAUCAAGAAUGUUAAUCAAGUGUUAUUGGUUACUGAAUCGUCUUUAGACCAACCAGGUAGACUCUUUGGUAGUCUUGACCAGUCCCAAGUCAGAGCAAUGUUAGCAGAAUCCUAUAAAGAAAUCUCUGAAGCUACUAUUCACUUGUUUAUGAGAGAUGAUCCGUUAUUGAAGAACCACGAUUUUGAUGAUAAAGAAAGAGAGCAUCGUAACGUCAGCAUAAUCCAAAACAUAUUCUAUCUUACUGAACAGUUAGCAGUUUUCAGUUCUCCGGGCAUAACCAAAAUGAGAUCACAAUUGAAUUCUGUCUUCAAUAAGGUUUUAGAAUCGUACUUCAAUAAGCUCCUUCACAAAAACAUUGGUAAGUUGGUGGAAUUCGUUGAUAAUUACGAAGCGUUGGUUAAAAUGAAUAAUGGCAAGCCUAAGAAAUACAAUAAAAAAUACGUUAAAUCAUUAUUGACCGGGUAUACUUCAAAGGAUGUAUCCGUUAAAGCUGCUGAAAUUUUCAGGAAAUUAGAGAAGCAUUUCAUAACUGGUAGUGAUAUGUUUGAAAAGGAUUUACUAGACAAAUUAUGGACAGACAUGGAAGUUCAAUUUAUUGAUUACUUUUCGAGAUUAAAUAAUAUCCUUAAAAAUGACUUCGAUAGAGAAAUUGACUAUGCAAUCUCCAGGCAAGACAUACACUCUAUAUUUGUAUCUAUUCACUAA